GCAUCCUUCGCGUCAUCUUGUUACACGCUAUAGUCAGCUCUCGGUCGACUUGCUAGCUGACGGCUCGAGAUCGUUCUUGAACCGAAGGGCUGUUGAUCGGCCUGCCUCGCUCGCUCGCCGCAUAACACGGGCCAUGCUCCCCGCCUUUCGCCUUUCUAGACUGGAACUGCCCCAUUCCGCUAUCCGCUCAGCUAUCAAAAACCGCGCACCCAACCGCCGGGUCGGCGUCAGCUUUCCUGCGUUUGUUCCUUUUUGCUGGUACGGGACUGUUCCCACCUUCUCUGCCUGCCAUCUUGCUCCUGCAGUCGUGACGACAUCCUGGUCAAGUUCUCGACAUUGACAGCACCCUCCUUCCCCGCGCCCAACCAUUCAUCGUCGAGCACCGCGCACCGCACAGCCACGCCUCGCCAUGGAGCCGCUAUCCAUCGACUCCGUGGUCGUCGACCAUGGCGAAGUGAACCCCUCGCCGGGAACUCCUCCUUCGGACGCCAUCAUGAUCGAGCAGCCAAAGAUGAAGGGCAGGCAGCGUCUGUUCAUGGGCCUACAACGCAUGGCGUCUUCCAAUAGCCUGGCACACAUGGGCAGACCUCGUUCACACAGUCUGAGAAGCGGCGGAAAGGCAUCCAUGUCUUGCGUCUCCCUCGCAUCGCCUGGCUCGCCGUAUGGAAACUCGUUCGGCAGUUCCUAUUCGUCAGAACUGUCGAAUGGUUACUCUACGGCACCAACAUCAGUAGCCAACAGCCCGCCCGGCACUCCUUUCUGGGAUGAGAGGACCCGCCUACGCAUGAAGACACCAGACGUUCCAUCCUCAGUACCUCUCCCUUCGGCACGACGACCCUUCACCCGGGAUGGCACCGAGGCCGAGAGCGACUACUUCUCGCGGCCUGUACGCAAGGUCCAGAGACGAGUCAACUUCAACUUUUGGGGCGACAUGCCCACCGAGAUUCGCAUGCAGAUUCUUAGAUAUCUCGAACCCAAGGAAAUUGUGCGAUGUUCGCGCGUCUCCAAAUCGUGGCAUACCAUGUGCUUCGACGGUCAGCUGUGGAGCGAUCUCGAUACGAGCAACUUUUACCGCGACAUCUCAGCCAACGCUCUGGUCAAUAUCAUCACAUCGGCGGGUCCGUUUGUCAAGGAUUUGAACUUGAGAGGCUGCGUACAACUGAGGGAACACUGGGGCAAGGACGGCUUCAUUGAGUCUUGCCAGAACCUGGAGAACUUUUCGUUACAGGGAUGCCGGAUUGACCGGACGUCUAUCCACUGCUUCCUACUUCAAAACAGCCGCCUCGUUCACGUCAAUCUCUCGGGUCUCGCAGGCGCAACAAAUGCAGCGAUGAAGAUCCUGGCCGCACACUGCCCAAGAGUCGAAGUCUUGAACAUCUCAUGGUGUAACAACAUCGACAACCGUGGGCUGAAAAAGGUUGUCGAGGGUUGUAAAAAGUUGCGAGACAUCAGAGCUGGUGAAGUACGAGGCUGGGACGACGUCGACCUGAUGGUGGAGUUGUUCAAGCGAAACACUCUAGAAAGGCUCGACCUCAAGAACUGCGACAGUCUCAAUGAUGAAGCGCUGGCUGCUUUGAUCGAGGGCGUAGACGAAGAGGUCGACGUCCUUACCGAUCGGCCAAUCGUCCCACCCAGAAAUCUCAAGCACUUGAACCUUACUCGUUGCCGCAGUAUCACCGAUACCGGCCUGAAGACGUUAGUACACAACGUCCCAUAUCUCGAAGGCCUCCAAGUCUCGAAAUGCGGCGGACUCACCGAUGAUGCGUUAAUGAGCUUACUGCCUACUGUGCCAGUUCUUACGCAUCUAGAUGUUGAAGAGAUCGACGGAUUGACCAACGAAGUCCUGAAGACACUCGCUGAAGCUCCAUGCGCCCCUCAUCUGCGACACCUCUGCAUCUCCUACUGCGAAAAUCUAGGGGAUGCGGGCAUGCUCCCCAUACUGAAAGCCUGCACCCGUCUCGCAUCACUUGACAUGGAUAACACACGCAUCUCCGACCUCGUCCUCGCAGAAGCCGCAUCAGGCCUCCGCAACCGCAACCGCGCCGCUCGUGGCUUAACCAACUCAGAGCGCCCAGAGGUUGGUCUUCGCAUCGAAGCAUAUGACUGCGCAAAUGUAACAUGGACCGGUGUUCGCGAAGUCCUAUCUCGAAAUGCAGAGAUCACACGUCCUUCUUCGCGCUCUGCGAGCAAAGUCGCGACGUAUCCACGUGAGAUUAUCAAGCUCAAGUGCUUCCAUAACUGGCAACCUACGGUGGAGGAACAUACCAAGCGUGUCUUGAGGGGUGAUUUCGCAGCCGCCGCGCGUUUGGAACGCAAGUGGGCCGAUUGGAUGAUGCUAAAUGAGGAAGCAGGUGUUGGUGGUGCUGGAGCCAGGCGGCGGAGAAGAAGAGCGAGGGAAGCGCAGAUGAUGCAUGCGGAUGAGGAGGAAGGCGGUGCUGGUGCUACUGGCGGUGUCGGCCGCCGCCGCCGUGCGCGAAGUGGUCCAGGUGGCUGCACUGUGAUGUGAAUGUGUUUUUUGGUAUCUACAGCGGCGGGGUCAUAUGGCGUCUUCUUCUUGGGAUAGAAGUUGGCCCCAGGUUUGUGGGUUGAUGCAGCAAUGUUGCAUAUGGCUCGAAUACGUUGCACAAUGAUCCGAUGCUCCUCCCCUUGGGUGAGUAUGAGCGUUGGAAAUAGUCCUGAUAUUAGCAUGGGUAUCUGGAGUUGUGGAGCGGCUACUCUUCUACUGUUCAUAGAUCUCUACAUGUUGCAUGUUACAUAGUUAUGCAUCCAUCUUCAUUCAC